AUGUCAAAUCUCGAUAGAAGGCCUCGAGGAAGAUUCCGUGGACCUAGGGGUGGGCGUGGAAAAAUGAAUUCAGAGCGCUUUGAGUCUACUAGAGCUGAAGAUACUGUCCAAGGCGAAGAAGAAGGAGAGGCGGGUGGAUAUAGAAGGCCCUUCACAAAAAAUACAGCUGAAAACCAGCACGAGCAUAACCCUGAAGGGAGCAGAUAUAACAAUAGAAGAGGACGCUUCAGAGGUAACAGAAGAAGAGGCGAUUUCAGGCAUUAUGAUCAAGGUGGUCAAAGGCAUUAUGAAGAGGGAAAAAAUGAUGAGAAUAAUCAGAGAGAAGCCAGAAAUCAGUAUGAAGAAAAGAAACCAGACCACAGAAAUGAAGGAAGACAACCUAGGGAAUCUGAUGACACCUAUCAACAAAGAAGCUAUAGAGGAGGCAAUAGGAAUGAGCCAUAUCAAGAAAGAAGCCAGAGAGGAGGUCAAAGGAAUGAACAUCGUGAGCCAUAUCAAGAAAGAAGUUAUAGAGGAGGCCAAAGGAAUGAACGCCGUGAGCCAUAUCAAGAAAGAAGUUAUAGAGGAGGCCAAAGGAAUGAUCCAUAUCAAGAAAGAAUCCAAAGAGGAGGCGAAAGGAAUGAACACCAUGAGUCAUAUACAGAAAGAAGCUAUCGAGGAGGUGAAAGGAGUGAGCCAUACACGGAAAGAAGCCAUCAAGGAGGCGAAAGAAAUGAGCAUUAUGAGCCAUAUCAACAAAGAAGAUAUAGAGGAGGUCGAAGCAGAAGAUUUAACAGAGGUCGCCCAUAUACAUCUCCAGAUCGCUUAAAGGCCAAAGAUACUGUAGAAGAAACUCCAGCUGCCCCUAAAGAACAAGAAAGGUCGUCUAGUGCAAGACCUCGAGGAGAUUAUCAAAAUAAUCAACGCAGAGGCAGAUAUAACAACAGAAGAAGAGGAUAUCGAGGAGGCCGCUUUAAUCGAGAUAGCAGACAGCCUGAAGUCCAUGAAGAAAAACCCCAGCAAAAAGUCGAAACUUCCCACCCACAGCCUCAUUACAAGCCAAAGCACGAGCCAGAAGCCAAAAAAGCAGCCCCUAGCUUUACUUCAAUAAACUCACUAGAGCCUGAACUCAGAGGUUUCAACGUCAAAUGCAAAGCCAUCGGCGAUCCUUAUAAAAUCCAAUUUUCUUUCAGAGGCAAAUCAAUUUCAGCAUGGGAAGUUAUAGUCGGUGACGAAUCUGGAUGCAUAAAGUUGCAGCUUCCUAACGAAGAAAUCGCCAAAGCAAUCAGGCUUAACACUUCAAUCUACGCAAGAAACGGCAUCAUAAUUAUGAGAGAUCAGAAAUUCAUGGUUUUAUUAGUUAAUCAUUGGGGGAAGGUUGAAGUUUCAACUGCUGAUUUUGAAUUCCAACCAAACAAGUCCAACAAUAUCUCUGAUGUCGAGUAUGAAAUUGCGACUUAA